UGGCAAUAUGGCGUCCUCCUGGAUGUGCUGAUGAGAGGAGUUUCACUGUAGCUCCAAGCCAGAGGGCAAAACUCCCCUAGCGCAGCAAGCCCAGGUUGCCCGUUCUCUCCGCAGGUCGGUGUCGCCCGCUUCUCGGGUCUCGUUCUCCGGCAGGAGAAAGCCACGGGGCCGAAGGCCAGCGCCAGCCAGGCCGCGGGGACCCAGGGCUGAGGAGCCGGCCGCCGGCGAGCACGAUGGGCCGGUCCUGGCUCCUGCCGCAGCAGCUCCGGCGAGUGCGGGACCCGCAGGGCUGAGACUGCUCGCGCGAGACCCGAGGCGCGCCGAACCUGUUCCCCUCGGCCGGAGGCCUCGGUCCGGUUGGCGCAGUAGGCGAACCCGCACCAAGGGCGGGCGGCCUGCGCGUCCCUGUCCUCGGGUCUGCCGAGGCGUUGGAGGCCGAGAGCGGGGUCAUCGCGAGGCCUGGAGUCUCUCGGCCCUUGACAGCUGGGCUCGCAGCCCCUCCGGGAGCUGAGAGCCUCGGACGAGCCGGCGCCGCCUGGGACCCCGGUGUGCGUGUGUCUGUGCGGAGCUCCUUGGGCUGCCCCACUUGCCACCGGCUCUUCCCUCCCCACUUCGACUUCCCGCGCAGAGUUAAGAGAAAGGGUCCCGGACUUUUUGCUGAAUAAGGAUCUCCGCAAACUCUCCAUUCAUUUAUUUUCCGACCCCCCCCCCCCCCGUUUCUGUAUCUUAUUUCAGUAAUCCUGGUACACACUAGUUUUUAAGGCUGGAGGUUCUCGAGCGCUUGCUGCCAAGGACUCCCCCACCCCCUCCCCCCCUGAUGGAGUCCGAGAUGCUGCAGUCGCCCCUUCUGGGACUCGGGGAGGAAGACGAGGCCGAUCUUACAGAUUGGAACCUGCCUCUGGCUUUUAUGAAAAAGAGGCACUGCGAGAAAAUCGAAGGCUCCAAAUCCUUAGCUCAGAGUUGGAGGAUGAAGGAUCGGAUGAAGACAGUCAGCGUGGCCUUAGUUCUGUGCCUGAAUGUCGGUGUGGACCCUCCUGACGUGGUGAAGACCACGCCUUGUGCCCGCUUAGAGUGCUGGAUCGAUCCUUUGUCAAUGGGUCCUCAGAAAGCUCUGGAAACCAUCGGUGCAAAUUUACAGAAGCAGUAUGAGAACUGGCAGCCGAGGGCCCGGUAUAAGCAGAGCCUGGACCCAACUGUGGAUGAGGUCAAGAAGCUGUGCACUUCGCUGCGCCGGAAUGCCAAGGAAGAGCGGGUCCUCUUCCAUUACAAUGGCCACGGCGUGCCCAGGCCCACAGUGAAUGGCGAGGUCUGGGUCUUCAACAAGAACUACACUCAGUAUAUCCCUCUGUCUAUAUACGACCUGCAAACCUGGAUGGGCAGCCCAUCUAUUUUUGUCUAUGACUGCUCCAACGCUGGCCUGAUCGUCAAGUCCUUCAAGCAGUUUGCUCUGCAGAGGGAGCAGGAGCUGGAGGUAGCUGCAAUUAACCCAAACCACCCGCUUGCCCAGAUGCCUUUGCCCCCGUCAAUGAAAAACUGCAUUCAGCUGGCAGCCUGUGAGGCCAACGAGCUUCUGCCCAUGAUCCCCGACCUUCCUGCGGACCUGUUCACAUCCUGCCUCACCACUCCCAUCAAGAUCGCUCUGCGCUGGUUUUGCAUGCAGAAAUGUGUCAGCCUGGUGCCUGGAGUCACACUGGACUUGAUAGAAAAGAUCCCUGGCCGGCUGAAUGACAGGAGGACUCCUCUGGGUGAGCUCAACUGGAUCUUCACAGCAAUUACAGACACCAUCGCGUGGAACGUGCUCCCCCGCGAUCUCUUCCAAAAGCUCUUCAGACAGGACCUACUGGUGGCGAGUCUGUUUCGAAACUUUUUACUGGCAGAAAGGAUCAUGAGGUCAUACAACUGCACACCUGUCAGCAGCCCCCGACUCCCGCCGACUUACAUGCAUGCGAUGUGGCAGGCCUGGGACCUUGCUGUGGACAUUUGUCUCUCCCAGUUGCCCACGAUCAUUGAGGAAGGCACUGCCUUCAGGCACAGCCCCUUCUUCGCUGAGCAGCUGACUGCGUUCCAGGUGUGGCUCACCAUGGGUGUGGAGAACCGGAGUCCCCCUGAGCAGCUGCCCAUCGUUCUACAGGUGCUGCUAAGUCAAGUGCAUCGGCUGAGAGCCUUGGACUUGCUGGGAAGAUUUUUGGACUUGGGUCCCUGGGCGGUAAGCCUGGCCCUGUCAGUGGGCAUCUUCCCAUACGUGCUGAAGCUGCUCCAGAGCUCAGCCCGAGAGCUGCGGCCACUGCUCGUCUUCAUCUGGGCCAAGAUCCUCGCCGUGGACAGCUCGUGCCAAGCUGACCUCGUGAAGGACAACGGCCACAAGUACUUCCUUUCCGUCUUGGCUGACCCAUACAUGCCAGCUGAACACAGGACCAUGACGGCUUUCAUUCUUGCUGUGAUCGUCAACAGCUAUGCCACAGGGCAGGAAGCCUGCCUUCAGGGGAACCUGAUUGCCAUCUGCCUGGAACAGCUCAGUGACCCCCACCCACUGCUGCGCCAGUGGGUGGCCAUAUGCCUGGGGCGGAUCUGGCAGAACUUCGACUCAGCAAGAUGGUGUGGGGUGAGGGACAGUGCCCACGAGAAGCUCUACAGCCUCCUUUCUGACCCUAUCCCUGAGGUCCGAUGUGCAGCUGUCUUCGCCCUUGGCACAUUUGUGGGCAACUCUGCUGAGAGGACAGACCACUCCACCACCAUUGACCACAACGUGGCCAUGAUGCUUGCCCAGCUGAUUAAUGACGGGAGCCCCAUGGUCCGGAAGGAGCUGGUGGUAGCUCUGAGUCAUCUUGUGGUGCAGUAUGAGAGCAAUUUCUGCACCGUAGCCCUGCAGUUUAUGGAGGAGGAAAAGAACUACCCCUUGCCGUCUCCAGCAGCCACAGAGGGGGGUAGUUUGACCCCAGUGCGAGACAGUCCGUGCACCCCCAGGCUGCGCUCCGUGAGCUCCUAUGGAAACAUCCGGGCUGUCACCACGGCCAGGAGCCUGAACAAAUCUUUGCAGAAUCUGAGCUUGACGGAAGAAUCGGGCAGCUCGGUGGCCUUCUCCCCUGGGAACCUCAGCACCAGCAGCAGCGCCAGCAGCACACUGGGCAGCCCCGAGAACGAGGAGUACAUCCUGUCCUUCGAGACCAUCGACAAGAUGCGCCGCGUGAGCUCCUAUUCUGCCCUCAACUCCCUCAUAGGAGUUUCUUUUAACAGUGUUUACACUCAGAUUUGGAGAGUCCUAUUGCACCUGGCUGCCGACCCCUACCCAGAGGUGUCUGAUCUGGCCAUGAAAGUGCUCAACAGCAUCGCCUACAAGGCCACAGUGAAUGCCCGGCCCCAGCGCAUCCUGGACACCUCCUCUCUGACCCAGUCGGCACCGGCCAGCCCCACCAACAAGGGCAUGCACAUCCACCAGGUCGGAGGCUCCCCGCCAGCAUCCAGCACCAGCAGCUGCAGCCUGACCAAUGAUGUGGCCAAGCAACCAGUCAGCCGGGACCUGCCUUCAGGCCGCCCGGGCACCACGGGCCCCCCAGGGACGCAGUACACCCCUCACUCCCACCAGUUCCCCCGGACACGGAAGAUGUUUGACAGGGGUCCAGAUCAGACCGCGGAUGAUGCCGAUGAUGCCACUGGACACAAGAGCUUCGUCUGUGCUGCCAUGCAGACGGGCUUCUGCGACUGGAGCGCCCGCUACUUCGCACAGCCUGUCAUGAAGAUCCCUGAAGAACACGACCUGGAGAGCCAGAUCCGCAAGGAGCGGGAAUGGCGGUUUCUGCGGAACACCCGCGUCAGGAAGCAGGCGCAGCAGGUCAUCCAGAAGGGCAUCACCAGACUGGACGACCAGAUAUUUCUGAACAGGAAUCCUGGUGUCCCCUCCGUGGUCAAGUUCCACCCCUUCACACCAUGUAUCGCCGUGGCUGACAAGGACAGCAUCUGUUUUUGGGACUGGGAGAAAGGAGAAAAGCUGGAUUACUUCCACAAUGGGAACCCUCGCUACACCAGGGUCACUGCCAUGGAGUACCUGAACGGCCAGGACUGCUCCCUUCUCCUGACAGCCACAGAUGACGGCGCCAUCAGGGUGUGGAAGAACUUUGCUGACUUGGAGAAGAACCCAGAGAUGGUGACUGCAUGGCAGGGGCUCUCAGACAUGCUGCCCACCACACGAGGAGCUGGGAUGGUGGUGGACUGGGAGCAAGAAACUGGCCUCCUCAUGAGCUCAGGGGAUGUGCGGAUUGUCCGGAUCUGGGACACUGACCGUGAAACGAAGGUGCAGGACAUCCCCACGGGCGCCGACAGCUGCGUGACAAGUCUGUCCUGCGACUCCCACCGCUCGCUCAUUGUGGCUGGCCUUGGCGACGGUUCCAUCCGUGUCUACGACAGGAGGAUGGCGCUCAGCGAAUGCCGCGUCAUGACCUACCGGGAGCACACAGCCUGGGUGGUGAAGGCCCACCUGCAGAAGCACCCCGAGGGCCACAUCGUGAGCGUGAGUGUCAAUGGAGAUGUGCGCUUCUUUGAUCCCCGGAUGCCUGAGUCUGUGAAUGUGCUACAGAUUGUGAAGGGGCUGACGUCCCUGGACAUCCACCCCCAGGCAAACCUCAUCGCAUGCGGCUCCAUGAACCAGUUCACCGCCAUCUACAACGGAAACGGCGAACUCAUCAACAACAUCAAGUACUACGACGGGUUCAUGGGCCAGCGAGUCGGGGCCAUCAGCUGCCUGGCCUUCCACCCACACUGGCCCCACCUGGCCGUGGGAAGCAACGAUUACUACAUCUCCGUGUACUCGGUGGAGAAGCGCGUCAGAUAGUGGCACCGGGCUCCUGCUGCGGCCACCCCACACACAGUGAACCCCAGGCUCGCCGCAGACGCCGGCUCCUGACCCAGCUGCUGCCCUCGGAGGAAGGGCCACGCGCUUUCUUUUUUCUCUUCGCUGUAAUGUCUAGAAGGUCCAGGGAAGGGGAGGGCUUUGUUUUGUCAUCACUUCUCGCAGAGAACCAGCGCCCAGGCUCCGAGACUCCCGACACACAGCUGUGCACCGCGGCCCCUUCCUGGCCUCUUUUCCUUCUGAGGUUUUUUUUAAGGGAACAGACUUGUUUUAUUUUCCCUGUGAUCAGAGCAUUAGCUACAGAAACGACAGAGCCCUGACAGAGAAGCAGCACUGGGGCUCCCGUGGGCCCCAGAAUGGCCCCCACCAGCCUGGCCUGGCCCCACUGUCCUCUCAAGGCCUGAGCCUGGAGCCGCUGGGAACAGGCUGGAGGAGGCUGGAGGUGUCAGAAAACAGGGAGGGAGACCCCUGCAGCCAGCAGUGAGGAGGAAGCAGCCCCGAGCUGGCCCUCCAGGGCUGCUCAGCUGCAGGCCUCCCUGUCAAGGGGGGUCGUGGUACGAAGAGGGGGGCUCGCCAGCCUCACCCCACCCCCCGUGCAGCCAGGCCCUUGGACUCUGGUUUGGGUCCUUCUCGCAGGAAGGCAUUCGCAGGAGAGGGCCCAUUGGCUCUGCUGCUCUAGACACAAUGAGGUCCUCACAAAUCAGCCACCGUCCCAAACUGCAGGCUCAUCCCUGAAGUGCUGCUCUAGUGACCAUGGCCAGGACCUCCAUGUCCCUGCUUGGGGUGCAUGUGUGCGUGGGUGCUAUGGCCUCCCUGCCAUGCACACACCUCACACAGGUGCUGAGGUGCACGGAGCCCCAGGGGUUGUGGGUAGCAAUAGCCGGUCUUCAGCUCUUUGCCCUACGCUGGUGUGAGCAAGGCUUGCAUCUUGCAGUCCGUGAUGCAGAAGCAUUCUGGAGGCCUAGCCUGGCCUGCCCGGUGUGCGUGUGUUUGUGUGUGUGUGUGUGUGUGUGUGUGUGUGUAUGCGCGCGCGUGCAUGUGCAGUUCCAGAGGGGCCUUGUGGACGGCUGGACCAUGGGAGGGAGCUCGGAAUUGCUGCUGAUUGCACACACGUGGCACAACCACAAUGAUGGCGUUUGGAAAGCGUUUCCAUUUUCCUUGGGAAUCAGGAUCUUUCAGAGAUGAGGAAUGAGAGGGCUUAAUUGAUUCUGCUGAUCAGAGACCAAUAAUAGUGGGGUCUGAGUGAGUCGGGACAGGAAGGCCAGGCCCCUCAUGUGGGGGCCGAUAGCUCUGUUUUGGCCAAGACUGUCUUCCAGGUGGAUGGAGUCCUGAGGGCAGCCCUAAGCCAACCCCAGAGCCAGACGGGUGGACAAGGCAGGAUGGAGGAGGAGGAGACCCUUCUGCUGCCCCCAGGAGGUUCCAGGGUGAAGGCCCUUCCCUCGCCUGGGAGCACAAGCAGCCUGGAGUCAGGAAGGCCCUAGAAAGUCCUGACUCCCCCACAAGUUCUACCCUUUCCCCUGCACCCCCUAAGCUCUGUGGGGAUCUCCUGUGGGUGAAACCCUGGAACCUUCCGGAAACUGAGCUUCACCCACAGAGCUGCUGACCUCCCGUAGCUGAGGUUCAGCUCGAUUGCAACCUAACUUGUAUUUCUGUUACUUUUGAGGCAAAACCGCCACUGGCAAAGUGCAGAUGGCUCUGGAGGGGCCAGGCCCUCCCCUCCCUGGUCCCACUGGAGCCCUGCUCAUGCUGUGCAUCCACUAGCACCGCGUGGGCGGGGCCUUCCCAGGCUGAUGCGAAAACUCAAUCAUGAAGUUAACAGGCUCGAGAGAGCACCGCCUAGAGUUCCUUUAUCUCUAUUUAUUUUACCAAAAUGAGAAUUGAAAAAGACUUUGACAAAACAUGGAAUCGUAAUGUGAAGCUAAGAGCAAUGACAAAUAAUAAACUUAAUAAAAAUUAAAGACGUGCACAAGUGGCCGCUGGUGGCAGCCUCUGCCCAGGAAGCAACAUCUGCCCCUGGGGGGCCAGGCAGGCCUGCGGGGAGCCUUGGGGCGGGUAUCGCCUAAGUCCUCUGCAGCUGCCCUGGGCAGCUGGGCCUCAGCCCCACAAGAAAGCGCAGCACUUUACAUCA